UUGCUCUCUUUGCAGUGUGCCAGUUUGUUUUCUUCGCUGUUGGGUGGUGGUAUUUUUUUUGGAGAAGGGGGAGCGAAGAGAAAGAACGAAAAGAAAGUUUUUUCUUUCUUUUAAACAAAUGGUAGCUCUGCUGGUUUGAUGCUGGCUCUGCCGCUGCUGCUGCUGCUGCUCCUGCUGCUCCUGCUGCUCCAGCCUCUGUUACUUGUUGUAAGGAAGAAGAAAGAAAGCAAGAAGUGGAACCACGGCUUCAAGGUUGCCUUGAUUCAUCGAUGAUCACUCGCUCCAGUUUUUAGAGGGAGGAGAGUUCUUGUUCCUCCCCCCUCACAAGUCAAGUCACUCUAUAUUCCACUGCUCAUCUGAUCGGAGCUCAUAUUUUUUACCUUUUUAUUAUUACUCGAUUCUUCUUCUUAUUCUCCCAGCAGCAACCACACACACAAAUACUCUUGCUUUGAAUGUCCAUCUACAUUUAUUCGGGACGUCCUGUGCGAGGCAGUAUAGUUUCCUCUCGUGCUUGCGCGCUCGCAUUCCAUCCUUUCCAGGGCUUGGUUUUGUUUAUCAUCUCCAAGACACACUGGUGCCAAGACUAAAGACCAUGCUACGUUGAUUACGAGGAGUACACAAGCGAGCGCCGAGAAGGGGGCAGCACCAGUCCGGCUGCAGUGGUUUCUUCCCAUUCUUUUCUUUUUUUCUUUCCUUGGCCAGCAGCAUUGGCAGGAGCUCUCUCGUCAUUCAUUGUUCUUCCUCGUUUUGGUCUGUCCCUAGAGUAACUCUUUUCUUCUUCUUCUUCCAUUCAAUCUCUCUCUCGCUCUCGCUCUCGUCUUGGAUCGAUGUAUAAAUCUUCCGGGCCUCUGAUCACACAGCCAGUAGUACAUUGGUGGAGUAAAGACGGUGGGUGUCUCGGCUGGAUGGAUGAAAUCAUAUAGAUUUCUUUUUCUCGCAGUCAAGCAGCACGCCUUUGUCCAAAAGAAGAAGCCUUGGACUUGGAGUGGCCAGUCAAAGCCCGAGUCAAAGCUGCUUCGGGUAUCGCGGGAUCGAUCUCUCUCUCUCUCUCUCUCUCUCUCUGGGCUUGGUGGCGGUAAGAAAGAGCUAUACGACCACAGGUGAUUCGUUUCCUCGCAAAGCGUCAGCUCAAAAGCACGGAUGAAACAGAAAGUCUCGAGCAGUUUUUAACAGAUUGGAGAAAAAAGAAAGGAAAAAAACAUUGUAUAAACCAUCUCUCCACAAACAGCACAUCCCCAAGAUCCAAGCCUAGCCUCCGGGAGGGAAUGUAGCUGGAGUUCUUCUUCACCCAAGGGAGUUCUUCAGUUUGAAGGGACGGUAGUGGGAUUGAUAUAAUAAGCAGCUAUGAAACGAUCGUUUUGGAGCUUAGAGCAUUGCUGCAGUAGAAGAAGAGGAGGAGCUCGCAGUUUAGUUUACUUGGUACUUGCCAUCCUCCUCGCUUCAAGAUGCUUGCACUCAUCCAGCGCUGGCAGAACUCAAGCGGAGCGACUGAGUACCGGUGUCCAUGAAAGCAAAGACGCAGCUUUAUCACUGUCCACAAAACGGCAGCAGCUCGAUCAGAUGGGCGAUGAUCAACAAAGUGUGGAUCAACAAAGCUGGGUAGCCGAUUACUCGCCCUUGCAAUUGGAGGAGCUUCGAUCCAGCAGCAGCCUGGUGAGGAGGAGCUUGAGCGGGCCUGGAUCGUCGCCACCCCAAUGCACGUCAAAGUGUGGGAGAUGCUAUCCUUGCAGGCCUGUUCAUGUUCCAAUCCAGCCGGGUCUCGUCAAGACCGCCGAGUACUACCCCGAGGCUUGGCGGUGCAAGUGUGGCAACAAGUUGUUCAUGCCAUGAUCAGUAACAUCAUCGCCAGGUGAUCAUACACUUCUAAGUUAUCCUCGCUCUCCUUUCUCCCCUCUCACACGUUUUUGGUCUUGAGAUCACUCUGAGCAUCGAGAGUUUUAGCACUUGGUUGUCGUGAAACCGUGCUUUUUUUUUUUCUUUUUCUUCGAGCUAGCUAGUUCCAGCAAUAUAUAAGAAAG